CUUCCGGAAGCCGAAGCCGGGCGGGGAGGAAGCCACCGAGACCCGGCCAAAAGGCCGGGGGUUAAUUUAGCCAGAAAAAAGGGGGCGGGAAGGGCUGUGGGGCUAACCUGUCAAUUCGCUACCAUGAACGUGGUUUUUGCUGUGAAGCAGUACGUUUCCAAAAUGAUAGAGGACAGCGGACCGGGUAUGAAAGUACUUCUCAUGGAUAAAGAGACGACUGGCAUUGUGAGUAUGGUAUACACACAAUCAGAGAUUCUUCAGAAAGAAGUGUACCUUUUUGAACGCAUUGAUUCUCAAAAUCGAGAGAUCAUGAAACAUCUGAAAGCAAUUUGUUUUCUUCGACCUACGAAGGAGAAUGUGGAUUAUCUGAUUCAAGAGCUCCGGAGACCAAAAUACAGUAUAUAUUUUAUUUAUUUCAGUAAUGUGAUCAGCAAGAGUGAUGUGAAGUCAUUAGCUGAAGCUGAUGAACAGGAAGUCGUGGCUGAGGUUCAGGAAUUUUAUGGUGAUUACAUUGCUGUGAAUCCACAUUUGUUUUCCCUGAAUAUUUUGGGUUGCUGCCAGGGUCGAAAUUGGGAUCCAGCCCAGCUAUCCAGAACAACUCAAGGACUGACGGCUCUCCUUCUAUCUCUGAAGAAGUGUCCCAUGAUUCGUUAUCAGCUUUCAUCAGAGUCAGCAAAGAGACUUGCAGAAUGUGUUAAGCAAGUAAUAACUAAAGAAUAUGAACUGUUUGAAUUCCGGCGGACUGAGGUUCCUCCGUUGCUGCUUAUUUUAGAUCGUUGUGAUGAUGCCAUCACCCCAUUGCUAAACCAGUGGACAUAUCAGGCCAUGGUCCAUGAACUACUGGGCAUAAACAACAAUCGGAUUGAUCUUUCCAGAGUGCCGGGGAUCAGUAAAGACUUAAGAGAGGUGGUCCUAUCUGCUGAAAACGAUGAAUUCUAUGCUAAUAAUAUGUACCUGAACUUUGCUGAGAUUGGUAGCAAUAUAAAGAAUCUCAUGGAAGACUUUCAGAAGAAGAAACCAAAAGAACAGCAAAAACUAGAAUCAAUAGCAGACAUGAAGGCCUUUGUUGAGAAUUACCCACAGUUUAAGAAGAUGUCUGGGACGGUAUCAAAGCAUGUGACAGUGGUUGGAGAGCUGUCUCGGUUGGUCAGUGAGCGGAAUCUGCUGGAGGUUUCAGAAGUUGAGCAAGAACUGGCCUGUCAGAAUGACCAUUCUAAUGCUCUCCAGAAUGUAAAGAGGCUCCUGCAGAACCCCAAAGUGACAGAGUUUGACGCUGCCCGCCUAGUGAUGCUUUAUGCUCUACAUUAUGAGCGACACAGCAGCAACAGCCUGCCAGGACUAAUGAUGGACCUCAGGAAUAAAGGUGUUUCUGAGAAGUAUCGAAAGCUUGUGUCUGCAAUAGUUGAAUAUGGCGGUAAACGGGUCAGAGGAAGUGACCUCUUCAGCCCCAAAGACGCUGUGGCUAUUACCAAACAGUUCCUCAAAGGAUUGAAGGGAGUAGAAAAUGUGUAUACUCAACAUCAACCUUUCCUACAUGAGACCCUGGACCAUCUCAUCAAAGGAAAGCUUAAGGAAAACCUGUACCCUUAUCUAGGCCCCAACACACUCAGAGACAGACCUCAGGAUAUCGUUGUGUUUAUAAUUGGAGGAGCCACCUAUGAAGAGGCUCUAACAGUUUAUAACCUGAACCGUACCACGCCUGGAGUGAGGAUUGUCCUGGGAGGAACCACAGUGCAUAACACAAAAAGAGAACCUGCCCUAAAAAGGAUCUGGGUAGUGGAUUUAGCAGAGAUCUGAACACAUACAGGUGUGCUUUCCCUGAAUGGUUAGUCCGUUGUGUCUCUGGGGUCCAUGCAGGUUUGCAGUGUAUAUACACUGUGGUCUCCUGUCUCAGUGUUUUCCCUUCUUAUGGAAUUAAUACCCCCCCCACCACCACCACCACCACUACCAACUUCCUUCUUCAUUUGUCUCAUUAGUCAUACUGACCUAAUAUACCCUCAAUUGCUGGUCGGGGAGUGGGUGGGGGUCAAAAUUUCAACUUCUAGGAAUUGUAUAUGACAUGAGUUGUUCCAUAGCACAACCGAGAUUUUCACCAACAUCUGUGUGGAACAGUCAGAAGUCUUACUGCCCUAGUUGAGAGUUCUAGAAUUCAUAAACAAAUAUAUAUUGAACACAUGAGAACAGCAUAAAGUUCAUAGUUCACUCACUCAUUCAGCAAAUAAAUUCAGCUCAGUAAAUGAGCAUGGGAGAUACUUCCGUGAAUAACAUAAAGAUCCUAGCCCUCGUGAAAGUUACAUUUUAAUGCAGAGGGAGACAGAAAUAAACAAUAAACUUAAUAAGUAAACUUGAUAGUAAAUCAGGUGACAAAUACUAUGGGAGAAAAAAAGCAAAGCAAGGUAAAGGGCAAUUGGUAUUGCAUGGGGGCUGUGGGAGGUAAGUUACCCUCCUCAGCAUGGUGUCAGAAAAGGCCACAUUAAGAGAUUUGAGGAAAGACUUGAAGGGGUUGAGGGAGUGAACCAAAUAGGUGGAGGGAAGAACAUUUCGGGCACAGCAGAGCUAGUGUCCUAAGGCACAGUCAUGCAGUGUGUCUGAGGAGACAGGAGAGGCUGAGGAAAGGAGAGGGAGAUGUGCUGUCAGAGAGGAAUCUGGAACCUGACAGGGGAGGUCUUGUCCACUGUCUCGAGCACUGGUUUGCACUAUAAGUUAGCAUUGAAGGGUUUGGGUUUUCUUCACAGUUCUAUUGAACUAUAAUGUAUGAACCAUACAAUUCAUCCCUUUAAAGUAUACAAUUCAAUGGUUUGGGUGUAUUCACAGAUAUGUGCAACCAUUAGCCACAGUCAACUUUAGAACAUUUUCAUUACCUUAGAAAGAACCCCUCUCCCCCCCAGGCCUAAGCAACCACUAAUCUACUUUCUGUUUCUGUAGAUUUCCCUGUUCUGAGCUUUUCAUGUAAAGGGAACCAUAUAAUAUAUAUUGCCUUUUGCGAGUGGCUUCUUUUACUUAGUAUAAUGUUUUCCAUGUUGUAGCCUAUACCGAUACUUCCUUUUUAAUGCUGCAUACACUACAUUGUAUGCCUAUACUGUAUUUUGUUUAUCCGUUUGUCAGUGAUGAACAUUUGAGCUGUUUCCACCUUUUGGCUGUUAUAAACAGUGCUGCUAUAAACAUUUAGGUUCAAGUUUUUAUGUGUUUUGUAGAUUUUUAAGCAGAACCGUGACAUCUGAUAUUUUAUCAGGAUCACCCUGGCUAAUAUGCUUAAAAGCUAAUAUGCUCAAGAGAGGUAUUAUUUCUCUUAAAUGUUCAAAAUAAACAUGUGUUAAUAGAAAAAUGCAAAUUCCUAGGUGUAUUUAAAUGAACCAUACCCAUUAUUUAUUCACCUACAAUAGACUGAUCUGUUGUUCUUGUGUUUCUAAUGCACAUGAUCCUACCUUGCAAAUAAAUGAGCAUCUUGGUUA